AUGGCUUCUCCCCGUCCCCCUCACAACUUCGCUGGACCGCAAGGCUAUUCGCUCCCUAACGGUGCCUCAGGCCCAGUCCCCGGAGCCGCUCCUCUACUACCCAACAACGGACGAAUCAUUCAAAAUGGGCCUGUGAGAGUGUUGUGUAUUGCAGAUGUUCGAGGAAAUCUGAAGUCUCUGAACGAGUUGGCCAGACAAGCCCGCGCAGACCAUAUUAUCCACACCGGUGACUUUGGUUUCUACGAUGAUACAUCGCUGGAGCGGAUUGCGGACAAAACCCUUAAACAUGUUGCUCAAUACUCUCCCCUUCUACCGGAAGGCGUGAAGCGCGCAAUUGCUCAGACCCCUCCCCAGCAGUCGAUCAAGUCGCGGUUCACACCAGACCAACUACCCCUUUCAGAGCUCUCCAUGCUGCUGGAUAAGCGGCUCACACUCGAUGUUCCUGUAUACACUGUAUGGGGUGCGUGCGAGGAUGUUAGGGUGCUAGAGAAGUUCCGCUCAGGUGAAUAUAAGGUUGACAAGCUGCACAUCAUUGACGAGGCCAACUCUCGGUUGCUGGACAUUGGUGGCGUCAAGCUGCGUCUGCUCGGCCUGGGAGGUGCGGUUGUGAUGCACAAGCUUUUCGACAACGGUGAAGGAAAGACAACCAUUGCGGGUGGCCAAGGAACCAUGUGGACGACUCUGCUACAAAUGGGUGAAUUGAUCGACACCGCCAAUCGUGUUUACGACCCGUCGGAAACCCGUAUAUUUGUUACGCACGCUUCACCUGCCCGUGAAGGAAUGUUGAACCAGCUUUCUGUGACUCUCAAGGCCGACUUUUCUGUCUCUGCCGGGCUUCAUUUCCGCUACGGUUCGUCCUACAACGAGUUCUCUGUUAACCCCUCGCUCGACCACUAUCGGGGCAAGCUGGCCGCGUCCAAGGCUUCUUUCAACGAUGUGUGGGAAACAGUGCGGGGUGAAGUCGAGUCCGCUAUUCACCAGAACGAUGCUCAGAAGACCUUGCUGGAAAACGCCCUUGGUGUGGUUGAGAAGAUGCCUGCUGUUGCCAAUGGCGGGAACCCCUUCGGUGGCCCGGUCAACCCUGGUAGUGCUAGCGGUCAGGUAGACGAGAGUGCUUUCAAGAACAUGUGGAACUUCAACUUGGCGGACGCUGCCUUUGGAUUUUUGGUCCUUGAGAUCGAGUCUGGACGUAUCGGCACGGAAAUGCGCGCUCAGGGAUUCAACUUUGCUCACCGUACCGGCAAGCCCCUAGCCUCUGGUGCUCCUCAGCCUGCUCCUCAAACAGGUGCUCCUGUCAGCGUACCUUCUCCCGUCAACGCCGGUCGUCCUAAUGUUGCCACACCUCAGUUUGGUCAAACUCAGCCCAUUCCCGCUCGUGCCGCGCCCCCUGCACAGGGCAAGGGACCUGCCGCUGCAGCUCGCACCUCUCCUGCUCCGGUCCUCCCCAAGUCCGUAACUCCACAGCCCUCUGCUACAGCUGAUUCUGCUGAAAGCUCGGUUACUCUCGAGGCCAAUGGUUCGGCACACCCCGAGAAGCAAGGAGAAUCCCCAGCCCCCAAGACGGAGCGGAAGCAGAGCAACGCUCUGUUCAUCUCGAAUGUUGAGAACGAGCAAGCUGCGCGGGAGUUGUUCGGCGAAGAUGACAAGGCUAAGCUACUAAAGGUAGAGAAAUGGGGCAAAUACAACCAUGUCGCCACAUUUGGAACCGUGGAGGAUGCCAAGGCUGCUCUUGAUCACCUCCCCAUCGAAAACAAGAAGUCCACUCCUCCCGGCCAACCACGAAAGCCCAACGUCAAGUUCUUCGAAGACCGUGGCAGCCACCGUGGGAAUGCCGGCACGUGGCAAAGCAGCAACCGAGGUGGUAGCAACGCAUCACAACGCGGAGGAUAUCAGAGUGGAGGAGCUAGCGAUAGCGAAACUGGACGCGGACGAGGUUUGGGCGGACGAGGCGGCGGUCGUGGGCGCGGUGACCGCGGACGCGGCGGGCGAGGUGGUCGCGGAGGGUUCAACAAGUCAGGCCCAACGGAUUCAUCUGCUCCAUCAACGUCGACACCGACCGGUGACAAGCCCGCUGCGUCUGGCGACGCCUAA